AUAUUAAAAAUUUGGAGGCAAUCGGCUGAUAGAAUUCAGUCUGCACCGAAGAAAGUACUAGACACGUCACACUAGUUACUAGUGUCGAAUCAAAAUAUUACCACAAUGUUAUAUAGUAUUAUUAAAGCAAUGUUCACUUAAUUUUCUCUCUUCUUUUUCAUGUUUUCGUCUUAAACUCUCUUUGCUUCAAAAUGAUGCUAUUUGAUUCACUUCCGAAAGCUAAUAGAAUAAAGACAUAAACACAUUUAUUUGUAUCAUUUAUGCAGGCACUCAGUGAAUAAUUCAAAUUGUGAUCAUUAUUUGACUGCAUAGCUUCACAAAAAUUGGUCGACAAAUGAAAACUAGAUACAUGUAAAAGUUAUGUUCGUCGCUCCUAUACUGUGUAAAACUAUUCCAUGAGGUUUUCAAGUGUUAUUUGAUGAGUGGUGACUCUCAGUUGAUUCUGAAUUGAAGCCAUAUCAGAGUGAAUAUAUCGCAAAAGCUAGAUCAUAUCAGUCUACGUAAAACCACUUAACAAGAAUUCACUGAACUUGUUUGCACAUCUAGUUGUAAACGAAUCAUAAAACUGGAGUAGUUGGUGAUUAGAAAUUAUGGCGAUGACAAUUCCGUGUCGUCUAUUACUGUUGCUAUAUUCUGAUUAUCUAUGCCUUUUUAUUUAGUAUCUUCAUCGUUACCAGUAUCUUCAUGUGGUUUGGCACAACAAAAGGAGUUACUCAGGGUAAUACAGACAUUACUCAAAAGAGUUCACUAACCUCAUCAACAGGACGAAUUGAAACAUCAGUAACAACAACAACAACAAUGAUGUCAUACAGGCAGGUGUCUACUGAUAGUACGACUGAUUCACAACCAGUAUCAACACAAGUAUCAUUAACGUCUAUGAAGACAAAUACAGUAUCAGAAGUUGCUACGUCUGCCUUGUCAAUCACGAAAACGUCAACAGAAGCGACUGAAGCAAUCACUGUCACACCAGUACUAAAUACUUCCACAAUCUUUGUUGGCAGAGUUUCAACAGUUUUUGAAGUUAAAGCAAUCAUGUAUAGUUUCGUGACGCAGAGGUAUCUUUCAUGGUCUGAUAACUACAGUGAUACAAAGUCAAGUGCUUAUAGUGAAUUAUCUAGAAACUAUUGUGGUCUGAUUUUAGAUAGCUUGAAUGCUGGGAAUUCACGAAUUUUCCAAGGCUCAACAUGUACCUCAGUUAUAUUCAAACGUAUCUCUGUAAAUCUCCGGUCAAAGAGACAAGUCAACAGUGUAUUAUCAGAUGGAGUACAAGCGAGUGGAUCCAUUGAAUCAAAAACUCUGUCUGCUUCACAGCUGGAUCAAUCACAAUUUUCGGAAGUAUUAAUCAGUGGUUACAAACAACUUAAUUUAUCCAGUGGUUAUAUUCUGAAUGGUAUUGAAUCAACACGUAUUUCACCAACUAUUACUUGUGAACAAACACAGUCAUUAUGUGGUCAGCAUGCAUCUUGUCGAAAUACUAAUACUGGUGUCACUUGCAGCUGUGAUCCCAUGUGGAAAGAUUCAAAUCCAGAUGAUCCUGGAAAAGAGUGUACACUGCAUCCAGGUACCAUCGCUUUAAUAGUAUUCGCUGCAAUCUUAUUACUUCUAGCUGUCGCCGCGAUAAUCUACUUUGUACUACGUACGGAAUCAGUUAAAAAGUUGAGAGUGAAACGAACCAUGUGAAUGAUCGAAGGGAUUCUUUUGCGAUUUCUAUGGGUUGUUUGUGAACAAAAAUCAUCUUAAGUGUGUCAGUAAGAGAGAUGAUUGAUUCAAUGAAAAUAUUAAUUAUAAAUUGGAAAACUUGUAAUAGAUUUUGAUGCGAAGAAAUAUUUUUAUCUUCUUAUCUUGUCUAUUAUACUUUCCUGUUUCUCUAACAUUGACAUUUUUUCAUUUAAUAAAGGUUAUUUAUAUCCGCA